AUGGUCAAAUGGGUUCCUUACUGCUGCUGCUCCAUAUGUGAUGCAGCCCUCUGUAAUACCCUGUCUCUCACUGGCAAUAAGAAGUCUCAAAUAGAGCAAGAGAGGUGGUGUGGUCCGGCCCAACAAGUGGUUAAGAGAAGCCAAUGUGACACGUGUGAUUCUGAAAAUGUGAAAACAGAUGAGCUGCCUGUUUCUCCAAAGGAGAAGCAACAAUCCGUAACACUGUGUCCUACUGAGAAUCGUCAGCUGUGUCAUACUGGGAAACACCUCCUUUACGUGUGUGAAGAAGUAGAAGUGGGUGAGAACGUGGGAGAGCCAGAUAAAACAAUGGAACACUGUGUGGAGGAUCUGAACAUCUCGCAUGCAGAGACAACCAGACAGCCACCUAUGGAAGACGUACCUUUACUAACCAUGGAUGUAAUAAAUCAACACCCAUCCUGUCAAACAAAUGAGACAGAGGACUUGGAAAUUACCAAACCGGAACAUGGCUCAGACUUCUCGUCUGAGACAGGUGCUAACCAGGCCCCAGAUUGUGACCCGGAGAGUAACCCUGACACUGACCUCCAGGGAUUAUGCUCAUUUUUCUGUCAGCACUGUCAAAGACGGUUUAGUACUCGGCAAGGCUUGGAAUGCCACAUACAUACCCCAGCAUCCUGCCACACACAGACAUUUAAAUGCCGCCACUGUCGAAUGUGCUUUAGGACGCAGUUUGGCAGACGGCGACAUGAAAGAAGGCACGAUAGCGCAAAUAGGACAGGUGUUCUCAAAAUUCCCUCUGUGAAGAGAGUUGGAGAGAAUACAGGGGUUGUCACUUCAGAAGAAAAAGACCAGAGUGCCCUGUCUUCACAACCAGUCGUACACCUUUCUGGGCCUAAUUCAGUAAGAACUGGUGGCUCAGAUGGAAGUGGGGACGCUAAGGGUGCUUUUGUCUGCAAGUACUGCAAAAAGGCUUAUGGCACUCACACUAACCUGAGAAGGCAUGAGCGCAGAAUACAUGAACGUCGACUCCUACCAAGAAGUGUCAAUUCAAAUGCUAAAAGUCCUCAGGAGCUUCAAAGUCAGCAGCCUGAUGGUUUGGCAGAAGCUUCUUUAAUUGCUAGUACUCACCCCAAUGAGGAGACCAAACAAGAAGAGUACAUGGUCGAUAUUUCCAGCAACAUCUCUGAAAACCUCAGCUUUUACAUUGACGGGAAAAUCAUCUCAACCAGUGCUGUUACAAACUGUGAAGUGAUGGAGGUAAAUUCUGCUUCUACUGUGCUUGACCUGGAUGCCUUGAUAAUCAACCCAUGCCACAUGACCCUUGACCCCUCUGGCCAACCGUCUGUCAGAAGAAGGACAUCUACCCCACCUUUAUUGCCACAAAUAAAAAUUGAAUUAGAGUCUGAAUCUAUCUUGACAACAUCUUCCUCAAACACGGAAGGUACUUUAAUUGGCACCGUUUUGCCCAGGCCGUUAGAGACUAUUGUUUUCCAAAAAGACAAAAUGAUUUAUCUGUCCCCGAAGCUGAAGCAGCUUUUACAGAACCAAGGCAACAAUAAGUCAACAUUUUCUUUGUUUACUGAAGGUCAAAAAUUCUGUCCGUCAUUAACUGUUUUACCUGCAACGACUAGCAGGUUUAGGAGAAGAACAUCAUCUCCUCCUUUGCCUUCACAGCAAAGCACUACGUCUGAGUUAAAUACCACUAUGGCUCAGGAGGAGCUUUCUCCAGUACUUAAGGUGCCAGAGAUGGACAUCCACUACACUUCUUCUGCUGUAAUAAACCUUACUAAAAAAGAUGAAAUACAAGCAGAGAUUCCACCAAUAAAUGACAAUGCUGCCAGUCAGCAUGUUCUGCCAUUGGACUGCUCUGCAUCUGGGACUGGUGGGAGGUCAUGCAAUCAGCAGCCACUAGACCUCUCCAACACUGUGGCAAAAAACGACCCCGAGGUCUUUGAAGAGUGUGCUCUGGAUCUGAGCAUGAACAGAAAGAGUUCUGAGUCUGACUCACCAGAAUGCUCAGCCUUCCAGUUACAAGUCAGAAGAACGAAACCUAACUCAAGCAUGUUGGAGAAGGUCCUACUAGACCAGUAUGCUGUCGUAGAUGUCCCUGCGAUUGCGGAUGCAUUGAUUACCAGUGAUCAUGUAGUAACAAAUCCUGCAGUAAUGACUGACCCAGUUAAUACUAAUCCCGAAAGAGUUAUGUUUGAGCUGUCUCCGGCCUCGUCUGAUGCACUGCACCUAACCCCUUCAGCACUUACUCCUGCUGUAUUGCACACUGUACCUUUAACCCAGACAUUUUCAGAACUAAACACAUUUACUCAAGUACCCAAUGAGGUUUUUGUUCCAGUUUCCACACCCAUAACCAGCGAGCUGGUUCGCCCAAGUUCUGAUGCUCAGUGUUCCAUUCCUGUAGUUCCCCCAGCUCCUGUAGAAAUGACUGUUGGAAAUCCCUUAACAGCUUUUAAUGUGUCUAUUCCUGAUUGGCUUAAUUGCGCGUCUGGUGGUAUGACUCAUGCACUUUUGCCCACAGCCCUGCCUCUAGGUUUGCAAGGUCCUCAGAUUUCUACAGAUCCAUCUGGGUGUGAACUAGCACAAAGAACUUUAGUGAUGACAUGUAAUGAUUCUGUCUUGUCACCUGAAGCACAGCUAUUUUCUCCGUCUUUGUUGAUCAACCAGGCAAACAUCACCUCCUUAAGUAUUCCUCCAAAUGUAUUUGUCAUUGAGUAUACAGUCGCACUGGAGUCCACUAAUUCCAAUCCUGUCUUGCAAACUAAUGCCAUCAACUGUCUCUUUGACAAAACUCCACCAGAACCCAAUGACCCACCAGAGCUCCAAUCUUCAUCACAACCACUGACUGACAACACUGAGCCCUCGGUUCCAGAACUGACAGAGGCUUGCACUGAUGAGCCUCAAGAUUUGCAACUGGACUCACCCACUAAUGUAGCCUCAUUAGAUAAUCCAGAAGCUGAAGACCUAUCAUCGUUUGAUUCUAAUCCCCGAGAAACAAUGGAGACUGAACCAGCACUUACAGAUGGUUCAACAUGCUCUUUUAGUCCUGAAGAGGCUUCAGAAAUUUCUGUACAGCACCACUCUUUGAGUGAGGAACAAAUAACCCUGCCUCGUCUGUGCAAGCGCUUCUUGUGCAAUGCUUGUGAUGAGUCUUUUCAGUCCAUGAAGGGUCUGAGUCAGCACAUCAGCGAACACUCAGACACUUGGCCAUAUAAGUGUGAGUUUUGUGUGCAGUUAUUUGAAAGUGAAACUGGUUUACUGGAGCACCGAUCCAGUUAUCAUGGCAUUGGUAAAAUAUACGUUUGCAGAGUAUGUUCUAAAGAGUUUGCCUUUCUUUGCAACCUCGAGCAGCAUCAUCGAGACCUCCAUCCUGGUCAGGAGUGCUCCCACACUGAGGUAGAAAAUGGUAAACUGAGACCUGAAAAUCAUAAUAGUCCCUUAAAAGUGGAUUCUGCAACCUCAGUGAGCCCUAAAAAUGACAAAAAUCAGUUCAAAUCCUCUCCAAAAGCAGAGGAGGACACUAACAGUGAGAACACUACUGAAGAGAUAUACACCACUAUCAAAAUCAUGGCGACUGAAGGCGUCAAACCCAAGGGUACAGAUGUGCGCCUGGGUAUUAACCAGCAUUACCCGAGUUUUAAGCCACCUCCAUUUCCUUACCACAACCGCAGUCCAGUCGGAAUGACAAAUACAACUGCGACUAACUUCAGCACUCAUAACAUCCCACAGACCUUUAGCACCACCAUUCGCUGCACUAAGUGUGGCCAAGGCUUUGACAACAUGCCUGAACUGCACACGCACAUAUUAGCCUGUGCUAAUGCCAGUGACAAAAAGCGCUACACUCCAAAAAAGAACCCCAUACCUCUUAAACAAAUCGCAAAAGUGCAAAAUGGAGUUCUGCUCCCUGCAAGAGGAGUCAAUUUGCGACAAAAUGCCUCUCAGAAACUUGGCCAGCUGAAAAAGUUUACCAGCAAUGAAUCAGACGCUAAGAUGAAGCUGAACUCUCAUAAUAAGAAGAAAUCUCUGUGGGUGCACCGAGGCAAGCCUGUGGGGAGGAAAGCUUCACAAGAAGGGCUGGAGGUUUUCAAUUGCCCUCACUGUAGCAGGGAGUUCACCUACCCUGCCAGCCUGAAGAAACAUAUGGCUAUCAGCUGCCCCUUAAGACCUGUCUGCAGGAAACUCAAAAAAAGAAAAGCAAGCAUGGCACUAGCCCAGGAAAACAACGGGCGCUUUCGUCCACGUGUAGCGGAAGUCAUCAUGAAAUCGCAAAGAUUGAACCAAGGUCAGAAAACCAUUGCAAAAAUACAAACCAAAGAGUCUGGUUCAGCCAAAUUCACCAGUCUACCAGUUAAAACUCACAUUGGCAAGGGAAAAAUUACAGUGCAUAAUUUUAGGCCUAAAAGAUCUGACGUUCUGUCCGGCUCAGCAGUUCACUUGGGUAAGAAAAGUAAACUCAUUCUAAUGGAAGCCAUUCAGUCACCACUGGCAUCAAAUAAGUAUCCAACAACGAUAAGAAAACUACAGCAACUGAGCAACAGGGUACAAGGAGUUGGGAGGGAAAUAAAGCAGGAUGAGGUGGAGAUGAGAGAAAGAACUGCAGGUCCCGUUACUCGAAGUCUGCAGCAGGCUAAUGGCACAUUAAACAAUACACCCAACAACACUAAUAAAAGGACUAACCAUGGAGGCAUGACGGACAGGCAGAAUGGCACUGCGAAUCAACCAGGUGUGGACUUGAAGAAGUCAAAAGACAAAUUGAAUUAGCAGAAUGAUAUUUAUUACAAAUUAUGUUAUUAUUCUUGUGUUCUAACUUUUUUGUACAUCUCCUGAAAGUAAUACAAUUGGUUUUGUAUAAGACUGGAAGAAGAUAAUUGUGAAUAUGUGUUA